AUGUCGCUAAGAGAGGCAACGACAUUUACGGUUGCGGAGCUGAAGACGAAGCUGCAGGCCCUCCAGCUAUCGGUUAGCGGUACCAAAGCCGAAUUGAUCGCUCGCUUAAAUGAAGCUGAUCCAUCGGGGGAAUGGAGGGGAAAUGACGAGGACCAAUCAAUGUUGCUACUGAACGAGAGAAAUGCUGAGGACUUACAACGUGAAGUGGAUCUUUUGAAUCGAGAGCAUGAAGUGUUAAGGCGAGAGUUAGAGAUUGCUCGAAGAGAGUUGGCAAUGGCUCGGGCACGGAAUAACGAUGACCAUCAGCCGAACGGUCACUCGCGUGCGAAUAUUCGAAUGCUUUCAGAAUUGCUAAAAGAAUUUAGUGGAGCUCAUGACGGAUACUGGCAAUGGGAACAACAAGCGCGUCUUUUGAAGGAUACAUAUCAGUUGGACGAUGAUUCGGCGAGGAUAUUACUCGGCUCGAGAUUGAGAGGUAGCGCGUCGGAGUGGUUCCAUUCUAACCCAGAGCAUUUGGGGAAGACCUUCGAGGAGUUAUUAUCUAAAAUGAAGGAUAUGUAUGAUCAUCGCCCGACCAUGCGGACUUUACGCCGACAAUUUGAAAACCGUCGGUGGAAAACGACGGAACCGUUCAGUGAAUACUACAACGAGAAAGUCAUUUUGGCCAAUCGUAUCCAGGUAGCCGAGGAAGAACUAAUCGACUGCUUGAUAGAGGGAAUUCCAGACCCAAGGCUUCGGACUCAAGCCCGAUUCCAAGGUUUUGCUACCAAGGAGUUAUUGCUGAAGGCGUUCAUGAAGGAAUCCUUACAUCAGGAAAAGGAUGAGACGAAGAGUCGCCCGGGCUCGAGUGGACAGAAUAAACAGGAGACUGGUAAGCAGAAUACAGGGCAGAUUCGUCGACGAAUUUCAGUACCAGGAACUUCUAAUGGAACUGCAUCCGGAUCGCAAACUGGGGCCUGCCAUUACUGCAAGAAAGAAGACCACAUGAAAUUUCACUGUCCGGAAUUGGCGAAGAAGGGGAAGUGCUAUUCGUGCGGCAAGCCGGGCCACAUGUCCAGAGAGUGUCCAAAUAAGGAAAGCGAGGUCAAUCAUGUUGACGCCGCUCUGACCCGAGACGAUGAGUAUCUUAGACGUGUUACCUACGAGAUAAUUUGUAACAAAAAUAAUUGCGAAACGGUAGAACUCGAUACUUUACUGGACACCGGAAGUCCAGUGAGCUUUAUUAAAUUGCAAAAUGUUUCGAGUCAAGCGAUCGAGCCAGUGGAUGAACAGCGUCGGUUUCAUGGUAUAAAUCGGAGUAGUUUAAUUGUACUUGGCGCUGUUAGUGUCGAUAUGAAAAUGGAUGGAAAGAUUUUGAAAAAUAUUCAGUUGAUAGUUGUGCCCGAUUAUACCAUGUCAUCGUCGGUCGUUUUGGGCAGAGAUGUGUUAAGAAAACUUGGUUUGGGAUUAGGAGAGGUAAACGAAUCUUCGAAAACGUGUUUAGUCGAGGCCGCGGAUGUUAUGAGCAUCGACAUUGUUUCGGGGGAAAGCGAGUCGGCCUUGUUGACGAUUAAUCCGGAUGUUCCGUUUGAAACACAAGAACGCGUAAGAGAAAUGUUUUGCAAGGAAUAUUUGGAAUCUGAGUGCCCAAUAGAACCGAGAGAAAAAGGCGAGAUUAAAUUGACGUUGACGAGUAAUCAACCAUUUCAUUUCCGGCCGCGAAGAUUGUCGUACGCGGAGAAAGAUAAAGUACGUGAAAUAAUUAAUAGGUUAUUAGAAAAAGGAAUUAUCAAAUCGAGCCAAUCCGAGUAUGCAUCGCCUAUCGUCCUGGUAAAUAAGAAAAACGGAGAAACGCGCAUGUGUAUAGAUUAUCGAGCUUUGAAUAAGAUAACCGCCCGCGAUAAUUACCCGCUACUGCUAAUCGAAGACCAGCUCGAUAUUUUAAACGAGAAAAAAUACUUUACUGUCCUCGACUUAAAAGAUGGAUUCCAUCACAUAUUUGUCGCCGAGGAUUCGACGAGGUAUACGGCUUUCGUCACUCCAUUGGGACAGUAUGAAUAUGUGAAAAUGCCUUUCGGGCUAAAAGGAGCUCCAUCCGCAUUUCAAAGGUGGGUCAAUCAAGUACUGAAAGAAUUCAUUGAUAAGGGUGAUGUCGUGGCGUAUUUGGAUGAUUUCUUGAUUGCGACUGAAACAAUUGAGCAACAUUUACGGGUUUUGAAAAAUAUAUUAAUUACAUUAGUAGCGAAUAAAAUCCAACUCCGUAUAGAUAAAUGUAAAUUCCUAUUUACCGAAAUUGAGUACUUGGGCUAUAAGAUCUCUCGAGAAGGGGUACGGCCAACAGAAAAUGGCAUAGCAGCAAUUGUUCGAUUUCCGAUUCCUCGUGACUUGCGUGGUGUUAAGCGGUUUUUAGGAAUGUGCUCGUACUUUCGCAAAUUUAUUGAGGGAUUCUCUACCCUUGCAAAGCCGUUGACAGACUUAACGCGAAAGAACGCGGAAUUUAGAUUCGGAGAGAAAGAAUUACAGGUAUUUGAGAUCUUAAAACAAAAAUUAAUAGCUUCGCCGAUUUUGUCGAUUUAUAGCCCGCGUGACGAAACCGAGUUACAUUGUGAUGCGAGCUCUGUAGGUUUCGGCGCGGUACUUAUGCAAAAAAAGCUGAUCGUAAGCUCCACCCGGUAUUCUACUUCUCGAAACGCACCACGGCUACGGAAAGUAAAUAUCACAGUUUCGAGCUCGAGACCUUGUCGAUUAUUUACGCGUUACGCAGAUUCCGGAUAUACUUGCAAGGAAUUAAAUUCAGGAUCGUCACUGAUUGUAAUUCUUUAA